AUGGUGUUUUUUGGCUAUAUGUUAUCCAGUGUAAUCUUUGGACUUUUAGCUGAUCGAUAUGGCCGCUGGAAAAUUUUAUUUCUCUCUUUCAUCUGGGGAUCAUAUUUCUCUUUGCUGACAUCGUUCUCUCCUUCAUACAUCUGGUUUGUUUUCCUCCGGACCAUGGUGGGAUGUGGCGUGUCAGGUCAUGCUCAAGGGCUUAUAAUAAAAACUGAAUUCUUGCCUACAAAGUAUCGGGGCUAUAUGCUGCCAUUAUCACAGGUGUUUUGGUUGGCAGGCUCUUUAUUAAUUAUCGGGCUGGCAUCAGUGGUUAUCCCAACCCUUGGAUGGCGAUGGCUGAUCAGAAUUGCCUCUCUCCCAGGCAUAGUUCUCCUCUUAGCAUUUAAGUUUAUCCCUGAGUCUGCUCGGUAUAAUGUUUCUAGUGGAAAUGACAAAGCUGCCCUUGCAACGCUGCAGUGGAUUGCCAAGAUGAACCGUUCCGUUAUGCCUGAAGGAAAGCUGGUGGAACCUGUUAAUGAAAAAAGAGGCCGGUUCAAAGACCUAAUGGAUCGCAAAUACUUACGGACAACUUUGCAGAUAUGGAUUAUAUGGCUUGGCAUAUCUUUUGCUUACUAUGGUGUCAUCCUGGCCAGUGCAGAGUUACUGGAGAAGAACCUGGUCUGUGCAACAGGAGGAGGAGGAGCUGAAGAGGCAGAGAUUGGCAAUGCUGCAGAGGAGAUCCGGAGUCCUUGCCUGUGUCACUUGUUUGCCCCUUCAGAUUAUCAGGUCAUGAUCAUCAGCACAAUUGGAGAGAUUGCAUUAAACCCCGUAAACAUUCUGGGCAUCAAUUUCCUGGGCAGGAGACUGAGCCUGACAAUAACAAUGGGGUGUACAGCAUUGUUCUUCCUUCUCCUCAACAUAUGCACUUCAAGUGCGGGCCUCAUUGGUUUUCUCUUCAUGUUGCGUGCCUUGGUAUCUGCAAAUUUCAAUACCAUCUACAUAUACACGGCAGAGGUUUAUCCUACUUCAAUGAGAGCCCUUGGACUGGGGACUAGCGGAUCACUCUGUCGCAUCGGUGCUAUGGUGGCACCUUUCAUAGCACAAGUGCUUAUGAAUGCUUCUUUCUUGGGAGCGCUUUGCCUAUUUGCUUCAGUCUGUGUUGUAUGUGCUGUUUCGGCUUUCACUCUACCCAUAGAGACCAAAGGAAGAGCCCUUCAGCAAUCAAAAUGAAGACACAGAGGCUGGAAAAAAGCACGAUAAAUAACCUGCUAUCAAAU